UUGAUCCGACGGCGAGUGACCCGAGAAUAAAAUCAGACACAAAAAAGAUCUACAGUAGCUACGUGAUGUUACCGAGCACUGAACAAUGAUGGACUUGAUCUUAAAAACGUUCAUCUGAACGAUGCGUGAGUUUGUGGCGGGUUCAGGUUUCGGUAAUUGCGUUACAUCUCGCUUUUGCGCAGUUUUUUUGCGUCUGAUCGUGUUGUAGAUCUACUUUGUCAUCAGCUCGCAUUUAGUCGUCACUGUCAUUUAAAGGGUCACUGAUAUCUUUUCACACAGGGCUGCAGCUCUCCUCGGGUGUUUAAGGGUUAACGGGUUACGCGUUCUGGGUGUUCUGAAAUCUGUGGACGCUCCCCGCAGCCAAUCAGAAGUUGGGACGGGUGUCUGUCUGGCCAAUGGGAGUGCGCUGAGGGUCAGUGUCAGCCGCAGGUGAAGUGUACAGUAGCGCUGUGUUCGUUCACACUCGCGUUCUGGCGACGUGGACGCGCAUCACCGAUCUCCCCUUCACGCGCGCCGCGAUGCGAGCGAGCUGCCGCCUCGGGGCUCAAUCUCCAUCUGACCCGGAUCUGGAGCUCCUAACCCCGUCGCUUUACAAUCAACAGUGACUUCUCCUGCCGAGGAUGGCUGUGCGCAGUAACUCUCUGAUGCCGUUCUCCAUUCAAGCCAUCCUGAACCGAAAAGACGAGUCUCGACACUUGAACGAUCUGGAGGUUUGUUUCUCAAAAAGCGCUUGUUGGAAGAUCUUCGGUGGCAUGGAUGAACCGGACAGGAGCGACGAGAGAGAGCACAAGAACUACGACUCGGACUCCGGGAUGAGCGAGGACACCGACAGUAAAGCGCAGAUCGACGCAAAGCCCGAGAAAGACGCAGAUUUAGCGGAAGACACGGACCCGGAGUCCACGGCGGAGCACUGCGGAGCCCGGGAGCGUGUGUCCGACUGCACCGGCGCCGAGGAGAAGAGCAGCGAUCAGCCCAAGCAGCGGAAGAAGCGCUCGCGCGCCGCGUUCUCUCACGCGCAGGUGUUCGAGCUCGAGCGUCGCUUCAAUCAUCAGCGCUAUCUGUCGGGACCGGAGCGCGCGGACCUCGCCGCCUCCCUCAAACUCACCGAGACGCAGGUCAAGAUCUGGUUCCAGAACCGACGGUACAAGACCAAGCGACGCCAGAUGGCCGCCGAUCUGCUGGCCUCGGCCCCGGCGGCGAAGAAGGUGGCCGUGAAGGUGCUGGUCCGGGACGACCGGAGACAAUACAGCCCCGGAGAACUACUGCGACCGCCGCUGCUCUCCCUGCAGCCUCCCUAUUACUACCCGUACACGUACUGCCUGCCCGCCUGGAGCCUGUCCUCCUGCUCCGGGAGCCAGUGACACCGGGACUCACGAAUAUUUAUUCUCCUAAAGACAGUGGUUAACUGAACACACCGACCGAGGAGCCAAAACCGGGAGAUUUACGGCCGAAGCUGCCAGGACUACACCCGUUUUACUCCGUUUAACACAGCAUUAGGAUGUGAUCUCAGAAUGUGUCGGGUUUAAGCAAAACAUUGUUUCUUCUGAAUCUGCUCGGAAACAGCACUUGAUGUCGUUACUGCGCGCUCGGUAACGGUAAGACUGGCACUUUCCCCCGCAAUACAAACGAUCACAAUCAGAGACCGACACUGCUCCGGUGGACUCCAGGACCCUCUCAACCUUUACUCCACAUGUAUGUUUUCAUAUUAGUGUAACGAGUUUUGUUUAAUGAAAAAGAAACAUUAAAACAUAUGAAGCAUAA